AUGAUUAUUUACCAAGACGUUAUCUCAGGCGAUGAAUUGCUUUCUGACGCUUACGAUGUUAAAUUAGUUGACGACGCUGUCUACGAAGCCGACUGUCAAAUGGUCACUGUUGGUAAUGGUGACAUUGAUAUUGGUGCUAACCCAUCAGCUGAAGAUGCUGAAGAAGGUUUGGAAGAUGGUGCUGAGACCGUUAACAACGUUGUUUACUCUUUCAGAUUGCAACAAACCCAAUUCGACAAAAAAUCAUUCACUACAUACAUCAAGGGUUACAUGAAGAAAGUCAAGGCUUACUUGGCUGAGCACGACCCAGAAGCUGUUGAAGUUUUCGAGAAGGGUGCUACUAAAUACGUCAAGAAAGUCUUGGGCUCAUUCGGUGACUGGGACUUCUACACUGGUGAAUCAAUGGACCCAGAUGCUAUGAUUGUCUUGUUGAACUACAGAGAAGACGGUACCACUCCAUACGUUGCUAUCUGGAAACACGGUGUCAAGGAAAACAAGAUCUAA